AGACCAGAGAAGUCACCUGAGACUGAGAAGAGAGAGAGAGAGAGAGUGAAAGAUGACGGAGGCGGUGAUCAGAAACAAGCCAGGAAUGGCGAGCGUGAAGGACAUGCCGGUUCUCCAAGACGGUCCGCCGCCGGGUGGGUUCCCUCCUGCCCGAUACGCUCGUCGGAUCCCCAAUAAGGGUCCCAGCGCCGUCGCCAUCUUCCUCGCUGCCUUCGGUACCUUCUCCUGGGGCAUGUACCAGGUCGGCAAGGGCAACAAGAUCCGAAGGGCGCUGAAGGAAGAAAAGUAUGCUGCUCGCAGAGCAAUACUUCCAGUGCUUCAAGCUGAAGAAGACGAAAGAUUCGUCAAAGAGUGGAAAAAGUAUCUUGAUUAUGAAGCUGAGGUUAUGAAGGAUGUGCCUAACUGGAAAGUUGGUGAGAGUGUCUACAACUCUGGCAGAUGGAUGCCCCCAGCCACUGGCGAGCUGCGCCCUGAAGUCUGGUGAUUCUCUUUUGACUACAGUUACGUUGGUGGUUGACUCUAGUUGUUUGUCCUCUUCAUGCAUGUUUUCUUUGGUGCAAUGUCAUAGCCCUGUUAUUGUGAAAUAAAAAUGCAGCAGGAAUCCUCGUUUACAUGUUUGCAGACACUACAACUGUAUGUGGCUUAUUUUACCUCUUCCAUAUCAUUCUUUUCUUAAUUGCCUAAGAGUUAGAACCAAUAAGGCUUUGUUCAUUGAGGGCUUUAGAUGGAAUGGGUGAUCGUUCUAGCAGAAACUGUGUCAUGGGAUGUUCCUGUUUCAUAUUAAAACGACUAGAAACUGUAUCAUGGGAUGUUCAUCUGUUUCAUAUUAAAAGGACUUCAUAGGAUGUUCAUCUGUGCAGUUCUCCAAUUUGAUGGCUUGCUUAGAUCGUUAGAUGUUCUUCAAAGGGU